UGAAACAAUUCUGGUCAUCGUUCUGCCAUUUCGCUGUUUAAUCAAAUAUCUAAAUAUUUAAAUAUUAUAAACAUAAAUGAUUAUUAUAUAUAUUUUUCGUAUCUAUUUUGGUUGGUGUUGAGUUGUUGUUGUUUGACCGACCAUCUGUGUCCGACUAAACCUUACCUUAUUUACAUCGGACUUCAUAUCUAGCUACCUGAAAAACAACCACCUUAUAUCCUGCCUGCAGCAGUUUGAAGAGACACAUAUAUAUUAGUAGUAUUAGAUAGAUUAGAAGUGUGGUAAAAUGACAAUUGUGGAGGACUUGAACAUAGCGCCCGAGUCGAAUUUGUCAACCAUAUCUCCGUCGAAUUCUUAUGAAGCUGUGGUUCUAGGUGGUACCUUUGAUCGCUUACAUGACGGUCAUCGCCUUUUCCUCAAGGCGGCUGCAGAGUUGGCCAAGGAUCGAAUAGUAGUUGGUGUUUGUGAUGGACCUAUGUUGGCCAAGAAACAGUUUGCAGAACUCAUUAUGCCUAUUGAAGAGAGAAUGAAAACUGUUGAAGAUUACAUUAAGUCUAUCAAACCUGAACUGGUGGUACAAGUUGAACCCAUUACAGAUCCCUAUGGUCCUUCAAUUGUCGAUAAAGAUCUGGAGGCUAUUGUUGUCAGCAAGGAGACAUUACCAGGUGGAUUAUCGGUCAACAAGAAGAGAGCAGAGAGAGGCCUCUCGCAACUAAAGAUUGAAGUAGUGAAUCUGGUAUCUGAAGAAUCGAGUGGGGAAAAGCUGAGUUCCACCACAUUGAGGAAACUUGAGGCUGAGAUGGCUGGAAAAGUUUAGCCUACGUUAGUCGUAUACAUGUAUAACAUGCUUGAUACAUAGGAUCCAUAUACAACUGCUUUUCAUAUUGCUUCACAAGUUGUCUUUCUUUUUUACAAAAGUAGAGUUUGUUCCAUAUGAAGUUAUGUUGAACAGAUUCUGUUUAUAAAGCUUACAUUCUACAUUGUAUACUUUCAUCAUUUAUACAAGGGACUUAUGAGUAGUUGAUACUUGAUAGAA